AUGACGAAUUUCAGUACCGUAAAUCCAACACUAGAUGAUUUAAAAUGCCAAUUGAUUUCUACCGGAAGCUGUGUAAACGAAACCCUAUCUUCCGGUCUUGAGUGUAUUAGCGACUCAAAUUCUAUAGACUACAGUUGCGAAUUGAAUUUGUAUUUCCAAGAUGAAACUUCUUACAAUUGCUUCCAAUGUUCAAAUAAUUCCUUGGAUAAAAGAAGCAACCACACUUUGUGUAAUACUAGACUUAAGUUGAAUAUGAUGUCUAUUUUAUAUGAGAACGCAUUGAAAAAAUUAUGGUUGAAGGUACCAGACUUUGGAUUAUGUGAAUGGGAUACCUUAUUUUGUUAUGAUGAUUUUUCAAAUCGGACGUUCUACAUCGACACAGUGGGUGGGAUAGUGAAUAAUUCUUUAUAUAAUACGUUCCAAUGUGAAUGGGGCCUCGCUAAUAAAACGGGUGAAGCUGGUGAAGUGACUUACGAAUGGAGUUUUUUAUUUGUGAUAUUAUUUAUAGUGGCCGGUGGUGUUGGCAAUAUUCUGGUUUGUUUAGCCGUGUGUUUGGACAAGAGAUUGCAAAACGUGACAAACUAUUUUCUAUUAUCCUUAGCUAUUGCUGAUUUACUAGUCAGUCUGUUUGUGAUGCCGAUGGGAGCCAUUCCAGGGUUCUUGGGUUACUGGCCCCUAGGCGUCGUGUGGUGUAACGUGUACGUGACUUGUGAUGUGCUCGCUUGCUCUGCCAGUAUCAUGCACAUGUGCUUUAUCAGUAUUGGCAGGUACCUCGGCAUUCGGAACCCUCUGAAGAGUCGCCAUCAUUCAACCAAGCGUCUCGUUGUAAUAAAAAUCGCACUCGUCUGGCUUCUCAGUAUGUUGGUGUCGAGCUCCAUCACAGUAUUAGGUAUAAUAAACAGAACGAAUAUAAUGCCAACACCGGACCUCUGCGUGAUAAACAAUCGUCUAUUUUGGGUCUUCGGUUCUUUGGUCGCCUUCUAUAUACCGAUGUUGAUGAUGGUAGUAUCGUUUGCGUUGACGGUGCAAUUGUUGAAGAGACAAGCGAGGCUGGCAGCAAAUCCUGUACCAGGAGGAACACAGAGGCGGCAAUGCGGUGGCUACGACAACGGACCACUGCAGUGCGUUCGUCGGCUGGGUGCCAGGUCUCCAGAGCUAUCCCCCGGUGUAGCUUCUAGGCAGAUGACUUGGCGUGUGACUUCUACAUCACGAUCGCAACGUAACAAGAUAGGCAUGAGUACAUCGCAUCCACAGCUGAGCUAUAUGAAUGGUUGUGGCAAUACAAGCUCGGUUGCAUCCAGACGGAACAGAGAUGUGGCGACGCAGACUCCAGCCAGCAUCAGUGCUGAAACAAGACGAGCGAGAUUGAACCCUCUAAAGAUCUCUUUAGCCGCACCUAAUGCCUUAUCAUUACGGUUUCUGGCUAAUCGUAAAAAGGACCGGUCGAUGUCAGCCAACGCAGUGGCAAACGAACAGAAAGCUACGAAAGUUCUUGGACUUGUCUUCUUCACUUUCGUGCUUUGCUGGGCGCCAUUCUUCUUACUCAACAUCUUAUUCGCCUCGUGUCCUGCUUGUAUCGUACCAGAGCAUGUGGUUGACAUCUGUCUGUGGCUGGGAUACGUCUCGUCCACUAUUAACCCCAUAAUAUAUACGGUAUUCAACAGAACCUUCAGAGCUGCCUUCUUAAGGCUAUUGAGGUGUCACUGCAGCAGACGAGGUCGUUGUACUCGCUACCGGUCAGUUAAUUCGACCCGUGGAGCGUCCCAGCUUUGUGCGAGAUCAGCGUUACCUCUCGCUAUCUCACUGCGACCGUCUGCAAUGCCAACCACCACGCCGCCACAACAAGAGACCACUGAAACAGUGCUCAUAGAAAAUCAAUUAGGAGAGUUUAAAAUGCGCUAUUAA